AUGGACGAACAGGAUUAUUACCUGCAGGAAAUUACCAACAGGGAUCAUUAUUAUUCCUUUCCCUAUCCUGGUGAAGAAUUUUUUCCUUUCACGGAGCAGCCCGGAGGGGCAGGACCCAUCCGUGCUGCAGAGACGGAGGAGCACCCAGGGUUCAAACCCAGCAGGAAAGAGUUAAAAGCGAAGAAAAACAACAAAAAAGGCAAAUCCAUUCUUGAAACGCCACCAGAUUGUCCUCCACUUGGUCUAGAGACAUUAAAAAUUACUGACUUCCAGCUCCAUGCCUCCACAGCAAAGCGUUAUGGCCUGGGGGCCCACAGAGGAAGGCUUAAUAUUCAGGCAGGUGUUAACGAAAAUGAUUUUUAUGAUGGUGCUUGGUGUGCAGGAAGAAAUGACCCUUAUCAGUGGAUUGAAGUAGAUGCUCGAAGGCUAACAAAAUUCACUGGAGUCAUCACACAAGGAAGAAACUCUCUCUGGUCGUAA